GGCGAGGCGGGCGGAGAUUCGGCGGAGGCGGGCGCCCCACCUCCUUCGCGCUCUCCGCUGGCGUGACGUGCGGCUUCCCCACUGUCAUGCUCCUGCUGCACCCGUGUCUCUCGGCUUCGUGCGUCCGAGUCCGUGCGCCGGUCCUGGAAGUGGGCUAGCGCCACGGGGUUCCUGCUUCGAGGCAGCGAUUGUGCCCACGGUGGCGGCCACUGCAUCUAGUCCCAGCUCUGCGGCCCUUGGCGCCGUGGUAUCAGCGGGCGCCGAGUCAAUGACGGGCCAGGGCCAGGCGGUGCCCGGGUCGUCCUCGUGGAGCGCGGUAUUCCGCCACGUCCGGUACGAGAACCUGGUGGCGGGUGUCAGCGGCGGGGUCCUGUCCAACCUCGCGCUGCACCCGCUGGACCUUGUCAAGAUCCGCUUUGCCGUGAGUGACGGAUUGGAACUGAGACCAAAAUACAAAGGAAUUUUGCAUUGCUUGACUACCAUUUGGAAACUUGAUGGACUACGGGGACUUUACCAAGGAGUAACCCCAAAUGUGUGGGGUGCAGGUUUAUCCUGGGGCCUCUACUUUUUCUUUUACAAUGCUAUCAAAUCAUAUAAGACAGAAGGAAGAGCUGAACGGUUAGAGGCAACAGAAUACCUUGUCUCAGCUGCCGAAGCUGGAGCCAUGACCCUCUGCAUUACAAACCCGUUAUGGGUAGCAAAAACUCGCCUCAUGUUACAGUAUGAUGGUGUUGUUAACUCCUCACAGCGGCGAUAUAAUGGAAUGUUUGAUACACUUGUGAAAAUAUAUAAGUAUGAAGGUGUGCGUGGAUUAUAUAAGGGAUUUAUUCCUGGGCUGUUUGGAACAUCACAUGGUGCCCUUCAGUUUAUGGCAUAUGAAUUACUGAAGUUGAAAUACAACCAGCAUAUCAGUAGAUUACCAGAAGCCCAAUUGAGCACAGCAGAAUAUAUAUCUGUUGCAGCACUAUCCAAAAUAUUUGCCGUAGCAGCAACGUACCCAUAUCAAGUUGUGAGAGCUCGUCUUCAGGAUCAACACAUGUCUUAUGAGGGUGUAUUGGAUGUAAUCACAAGGACCUGGAGGAAAGAAGGCCUCGGUGGAUUUUACAAAGGAAUUGCCCCCAAUUUGAUCAGAGUGACUCCAGCCUGCUGUAUUACCUUUGUGGUAUAUGAAAAUGUCUCACAUUUUUUACUUGACCUUAGAGAAAAGAAAAAGUAAGCUAAAACAAGACAAUUCUAAUAUGUCUGCCCAAGGCAACAACAUGCUCCUUGUGUCUGAAAUGUAAAACUCAGAAGAAUACUACACAGCAACAUGGCUCAUAAUCAAAAUCAGUCUAUAACCAUUAGAAGUCAAAGAACUGCUAAAUCUUAAUGUUUUUCUGCUUUUUGCCUUCCCUGUACUUGUGGGACUUCUGCCUGAAGUGGCUGCCAUCAACACGACAGUAAAACUGACGUCAACUGGGGAGUGUCACACAUUUCUCCAUUUUGUUGUUCAGGUAGAAGUGGAUUUGCAACAUUUGCUAAGUGAAUUUGGCGAGUGCACUUUUUUUUUCUGAACUCAUGUGCCUGGAUUAGCUUUAAAAUCGACCUCUGUGCAAUAUCAAGAAAAUGGCUUCUUAUAAGAAUGUCAUCACUGUUUCAAGGGUAAAUUAAACUUUAAGGAUUUGCUGGAAAAGAUGUUGCCCAAAUCCAGACCAUUUUAGAAUUGGGAUAUUUUGGUGAGAAAAAACUCACUAUAAAUGUGCUUUAGUUUUAAUUCAGUUGGAAUACACUGACUAGAAAAAUUUAAGUUGUGUCCUUAAUUUGAGUAGUAGUGGAUAUUCGUUGUCAUUUCAUUACUAAUUUUAUUUCCAGAGACUCUCCCAUCAUUUAAAAUGUAGACCUGGAUUCCAUUAUUUUUUGGCAUGGAUACCUAGUGUCUUAAAUUUAUAAAAUCUCAACUAGGAUCCAGCUGUGUCAGCCCUUAUUAUAUUUGGCUAUAAAUCACUUACUGGAGUUGUGAUUAGAUCACCUUAUACAGAUGCUGGAAUGACGGGGAUGUGUUUGUUGACAAACUAUGGAAAUGAUAUAGUUCCUACUUCAGUUUUCGGAUAUGUGAACCUCAAAUAAAUGACUGAUCUAUGUUGGUUACUCAAAUUCAGGUUUAAAUACAAAUUACACUAAUGGCUAUUAGCGGUUUUACUUUUAUGAGUCAUUGUAAAUACCUAUAAAUACAAAGGCCUGCCGCAAAGCGAUACCAGAAUAAUACCAAUAUUUUUAUCAUAAACAUCUAUGAAUGCUAUUGCACUACCAUCUAUGUUGUGGUUUUCAAAGCCAUAUUUAAAUGGUUCUUUGAAAACAGGUCUAUUUUUUAUAUUUUGAAAAUGGCAGUUUUAAAAAUAAAGUUGAAAUGAUAAGUACUUAAUUAUAUUUACUAUAAUUUCUUGUAACAGGCACAGGAAUGCUUUAUAAAUUAAAUGUGUCAUAUUUUUUUUCAUACUCUGGAUUAUACUAUAAUUCAUAUGAAAUCCUUGUAUUAGUCCCUAUAUGGAAAAAUAAGCCGCAGUCGAUUUUGGAGUUUUGGAGGUUGUGCCAUGAUUUGAAUGCCUUUGUACCCUCAAAUUAAUAAAACAUAUCUAGUUCAUA